GUCUAGACUGCUGGGAAGAUCUUCCUGCAGGUUUUUUUCUUCUCCCGAGCGACGAUGAUUGACAAUCUUCUUUUCGUCUUUUCAUGAUUUUGAAGAGCUCUCCUUUCUUUCUCUUCCUGUUCCUCGCCCUUUGUUUAUCUUAUCUUGAAGCUGGGGUUCUCCAAGCAACAGCAUCGACCUGCCUAGACCCUCAGCGGCGAUUGUCCCCUAGCAUGCGGGCUUCUUAGAGCCACGUAUAGCUUGAGCUCGUACAGACUUUAUAGAACCCAGAGGAGGACGUCUACUAACUGAGGAUAAUGGCUGGGCCAAUCCACACAUAUGGCCCGACGUGUUUUCUGGCCGACGAUGAGCCCGAUCUGACGGCCUGGCAGUCUUCACCGACUCCGCCCAAAAUCCGCACGCAGUUCUUCUACACAUCCUCACUACCCAUAGACGAUCCCCUGACACCUCUGCCUCCGCUGUCGACGGGCUCCGGCUCGGCCAACGAACGAUUUCCACCCCAACCCUUCUCAGCUAGGGAUAAUGCAGCGCUGGAAGACGCCUGGCGGAGUCUGCGGCAGGUUCGAGAGAGGAAGGCGGCGACGCAGGCUAGGAAACAGACACAGAGCUUGAAGGGGAGAUCCGGAAUCAUUGUCCCCGAAGUUCGACGUGAUCUAAAUCAGCUUCGCAGAAAAGCUGCCGGGAGUGUGGAUGAUGUAAGCUCGACGAAAAGUCAUAGCCAAGGGAGCUCGCCGCGCCUCUCUUCGUGGAAUCCAGAUGAUUCUUCGUCACCGACAUACAGGGCUCAUUUGCACGAUGAAAAUAGCAGUGCAGAGUCGCCAACGAAAGGCACCUGGCAAAAGCAGCACAUCCGUAUCACGGCGGACGAUGAACAGCAAGAGGGUAGCGGGAAUAUUUCAUCAAGGAACCGCAAACAAGAAGGGUCUCUACUUGGAAGCGAGAUCGAAGCUAAUAAACGCAUAAUGGGUUCUUUCUCUCGCAAUGAGGAGCUGGACUCUGAUGAUGCGGAUGGAGAUAGUCUUCGCGGAGAUCGGUCCCGGAAUGCAAGUAUCAGUGGAUCGCCGUUUAUUAGAGCGCCUUUGGGGACUUCUUCAAGCCCAUUGACUCGUUCGCAGCUGCCAUCGUCAUCGAAUGAUGCUGGUGUUGAGGAGUUCCAACCAGACAGUCAAGCUACGGGUGCAGGCCUUACCUCAUCCAGGCCGGCGGGCGAGCAAACCGUCACAGAGGUAUCUCAACCCAAGAAUGGAGAUGAUGAAGAUGAAUCGAUCAUACCUGUGGGCGUCUCCCGGCUUCAUUUGGUGGAAUUGCCCAGCCUGAAGAUGAAACCUAUCUAUUGGAGCCCUCUCCACGAUAUAUCAGACGUUAUUAGAGCCACGUGGUUCUACAAGAAUACACUACUUCCAGUGGAAACAGAAAUUGCCAACAAACUAGAAGAGGGAUACGAUUAUUUGAAACCAUGGACUGAGACCUGGCAGGACGAACUGAACAGCUGUGUGGAAAACGGAGCGGACGCUGAAUUAAAAGUCGUCCACCAGCUGUGGUCCAAAGACGAUGUCAGUUCUACCAGCAGACCUGGAACCUCAGAAAAUGAGGCCACCAACCAAAUACCAGGUGAAGCGGAGGAGUCUCCCGACUCCAAACGGGCAACAGGCUUGAUCUUUGAAGACAACCAUGCUGCCGGUGGAACAGCCGCAUCCCAAGAGGUCAUAAAGCCAUACUUAAACUCGAGUGUGAUCUAUGUGGAUGCGAAAGACGCUCAGAUUCUACGACCGAGUCUGCUUCCGUCAGUCGCGAGAGGGAGAAAACCGCUCAGCGCCAUCCGCAAAGGCCGGCAGAUCGGUGUCCCCGUCGUUCGUGGUUUCAGUCGCAGGGCGUGGGAUCAGCUCCACCCCUCCAAACCGAACCCUGUAGACGUAAGGCACUAUCUGCGACGUACUCAGUCCAUAGAGAUUCCUAGAGCACAUGGUGGAGAGGUCUGCUAUGCCUGUGCAAUGGAGGAAUCGCGUCCGAAUCCGACUGACUUGGUGCUGGUCAUCCAUGGGAUUGGACAGAAGCUCUCGGAGCGCAUGGAAAGCUUUCAUUUCACCUAUGCAAUCAAUUCCCUACGCAGAAACGUCAACAUAGAAUUACAUAACGAGCCUGUCUGGUCUCAUGUGCGGCCAGACCAUGGCGGCAUUAUGGUUCUACCCGUGAACUGGCGAUCGACGCUGUCCCUAGAUGACGCAAAUCUAGAGGUGCCCUCGACAGAAGAUCCAGCAUCUAAUCGUUACUCUCUGGAAGACAUCACCCCGGAGACGAUCCCUGCGGUCAGGUCCCUGAUUAGUGACGUUAUGCUAGACAUACCCUACUACCUAUCCCAUCACAAACCCAAGAUGAUUCAGGCUGUCGUGAAAGAGGCAAAUCGCAUCUAUCGCCUAUGGUGUCACAAUAACCAUGGCUUCCAGGAGAAUGGAAAGGUGCAUCUGAUUGCUCAUUCGCUGGGCAGUGUGAUGGCCCUAGAUGUUCUCAGCCAUCAACCGACCCGGGUCCCCAAGUUUGAUUUCUCGACCAUACCCGUCCACAAAGAUAUCUUUGAAUUUGAUACCGGCAACCUGUUCUUGUGUGGGAGCCCGUCAGGCUUUUUCCUACUUCUCAAUAAAGCGAAUCUCCUCCCCAGAAGAGACCGCAAUAAGCCCGGCAGCGAAGGUGAAGACAGACAUCGAGGAGUUGCGGGCGAAGCGGACACGUAUGGGUGUGUAGCUGUAGAUAAUCUCUAUAACAUAAUGCACACAACCGACCCCAUUGCAUAUCGUGUCAAUGCUGCUGUCGACUGUGAUCUCGCCAGCUCGCUCAAGGCCGCAAACAUCCAUGCGUCAUCGGCAUCUCUAUUACAGUCCUUUGGCAAUGUUUUCCGCUGGAGCUCAGCCUCAACAAUCAUCCCGUCAAGCGUGAGUGCAUCACGGCCUGUUACGAUCUCCAAGCUUCCCUCUACUGUCGAAAUGGAAACACACGACUUUACCCGUGAGGAAAUCGCAGAGAAGCGGAUGUUCCUGCUCAAUGACAACGGGCAGAUCGACUUCUUCCUCUCUGGCGGCGGGGGACCCCUAAACAUCCAGUACCUCAACAUGCUCAGCGCACACAGCAGCUACUGGACGUUGACUGACUUUGUGCGAUUCUUCGUUGUGGAGAUCGCGAGAAAGCAGGGCCGAGAUGGGACGUUGCCUGUGUUUCGGGCAGAGAAGAAGAAAGGCUGGAAGGUUCACCGGGAUAGACCAAUUUUUUGAUGAAGAUAAACUAAUUAACCCAUCUGCUGCAACGGCCCCAACAUCAACGCAUCCACCAUCUCCCCCUUGGCGACAGGGCCUUUCCCAGGCUUGAUCACCAACAAGGCAUUUGCACUCGCCAGACUACCCACCCGCGAGCUCCGCUGUCCCACGCCCUCGAGCCCCGUGCUAGAAGCAUAGAGCCGGCCGUCGGCACGAGACGCACUCACCACGGCGC